CCACAGCUCAUCUGUUCUCUAAAGUGAUGAGAAGCUCCCAGACAUUCCCAAGCUCAGCUGAGCUCAUCCUCUCCAUCCCCAUAAAGCAAUCCGCGUGCGGGACGCGUUCAGGAAGAACCCACUGAAAAAAAGAGAGUUCCGGUAUGCAGAAAGGAACCAGAAUCGAUCCAAACAACGUGUGCCCAUGGAGCAGCCCAUGUGAUUGACAGAGACCAGGAUAGAAGCUUCUCUCCUUCCCUAACAGAGGAGGAAUAUGUCUUUAUGGUGUGGAGCUGAGUGUGUCGUCUGCAUAGGCGUCUCUCGCUGGGUAUGGAAACGCUGCACCUACGUCGGCUCCGACGACAGCUCCACCUGGCCGCUGGCCACCCCGGAAGAAUUCGAACCCGUCCCUCGUAUGUGCCACAGCAUCCUCGCCGUCUACGAGGAAGACCUCCGCAAUCCCAAAGUCCUUCCCAGGGAUAGAUGCCGUAUGAACCCGGACUGGGUCGUGAAGCGCGUCACAUACGAGCAAACCCAGGGCCAUGCUCCGCCUUACCUCAUAUACGUUGACCACAACUAUUGUGAAAUCAUUCUCGCCAUUAGAGGUCUGAAUCUCGUCAAGGAGAGUGAUUACAAGCUCUUGCUUGAUAAUAAAUUGGGAAUGCAGAUGUUCGAUGGCGGGUAUGUUCACCAUGGGUUGUUGAAAUCGGCGAUUUGGUUGUUGAAUCAGGAAUCUGAGAUGUUAAAGAAGUUGUGGGUUGAUAAUGGGUCAUCGUAUAAGAUGGUCUUCGCUGGGCAUUCGUUGGGCUCCGGCGUUGCCGCGUUAUUGACGGUGGUGGUGGUCAACCACCGGGACCGGCUCGGUGGGAUCCCCAGGAGUAAUUUGCGGUGUUUUGCGAUUGCGCCGGCUAGGUGUAUGUCGCUUAACUUGGCGGUCAAGUAUGCCGAUGUGAUAUACUCUAUCAUAUUGCAGGAUGACUUUUUACCAAGAACACCAACUCCAUUAGAAGACAUUUUUAAAUCAAUCUUCUGCUUGCCUUGCUUAUUAUUUUUUGUUUGCAUGAGAGAUACCUUCAUACCAGAAGGUAGGAAGCUAAGAGAUCCAAGAAGACUUUAUGCUCCUGGGAGGAUGUAUCAUAUAGUAGAAAGAAAAUUUUGCAGAUGUGGGAGGUUUCCUCCAGAAGUGCGGACUGCCAUUCCAGUUGAUGGAAGAUUUGAGCAUAUUGUUCUAUCAGCCAAUGCCACAUCAGAUCAUGCAAUUCUUUGGAUUGAAAGAGAAGCAGAAAAGGCUUUACAAAGAACGAGGGAAAGCAGUACCGGAACUAUGACAACUCCUCCCACAGUGAAGAAGCUCGAGAGGUUGCAAACCAUUCAAAAAGAACACAAAGAUGCACUGGAAAGAGCUGUUAGUUUGAACGUUCCUCAUGCUGUGAAACCAGAGGAAGAAGCCAUUGGCUCUGGGGAACCAGAUAUGGGGGCUUCCCAGAACCAAGCUGAAGAAACCUCAAAUGGGACAUCAAAAUCCAACGAAGGAAGAACUAACUGGAAUGAAGUGGUCAAGAAGCUUUACAGCAAGAAGGAAUCAGGAGAACUUCAUCUGAAGAAAGAUGAUGUCCCAAAAUGACAGCCAAUUCUUUCCAUGUGGUCACAUGCAUCAUCAGGCUACUUAAUUUGCCUUGCUGCUUCAUUUUUCACUCUGUUCAUACAGGUUUUUUUUUUUUUGUAUACUGGAAUUUGUAAACUACCUUCUCAUAUAAAUAGAACUGUCAAGAAAGUAAGAUCAAGAGAAAGGAGAAUCUAAUAAAUGAAUUUGCUAAAAUGGAAGGGUACCUUCAAUGUUCAAUCUGUCGGAGUGCUGCAGUUAUUAUUUCUGUGUAGCAUAUGCAUUGUUCUGUAACAAAACAAGUUUAUCUGUGUAGCAUGCAUGGUUUGUAAAAGAACAAGAGAUUUUGAUGGCUUUUUCUUUUUUUAUUCCAGUAGAGUAGUACUGCAUAUCAUUAAUGAACUACUAGUCUUCAGACUA